UCCCCCCUAAAGGCAGAGACAACAAAAGAAAUUGUAUUGAGAGCAAAACACAAGUCCCUAAACUGCGAAGAUGUUCGCCAGGAUGUCUGAUCUCCAUGUUCUGCUGUUAAUGGCUCUGGUGGGAAAGACAGCCUUUGGGUUCUCCCUGAUGUCUUUGUUCGAUGCUCUGGACCCAGUCUACCAGUGGAACCAGAUUAUGUCAAGCUGCCGUGCCUCGCUACCCAAGAAAAUACGUGGACGAUUUUCUAGAUUUCUACAGAGCUCAUCAGGCAUUUUCUUGGCCAAAUUGGACCCCUGACCUCUAUGAUGAAAGCUAUGAGUAUUCUGACCAGGAAGAGACUACCAGUAGCACACUUGCCCAACCUGAGAAUCCUGACUGGUACUACACUGAGGACCAAGUCGAUCCAUGUGAGCCCAAUCCCUGUGAACAUGGUGGGGACUGCCUUGUCCAUGGGAGCACCUUCACCUGCAGCUGCCUGGACCCUUUCUCUGGGACUAAAUGUCAGAAAGUGCAAAACAGGUGCAAGGACAACCCAUGUGGCCGAGGCCAAUGUCUCAUUACCCAGAGCCCUCCCUACUACCGCUGUGCCUGUAAACACCCUUACACAGGUCCCAACUGCUCCCAAGUGGUUCCCGUGUGCAGGCCAAACCCCUGCCAGAAUGGGGGUACCUGCUCCCGGCAUAAGCGGAGAUCCAAGUUCACCUGUGCGUGUCCUGACCAGUUCAAGGGGAGAUUCUGUGAAAUAGGUUCUGAUGACUGCUAUGUUGGCGAUGGCUACUCUUACCGAGGGAAAAUUAAUAGGACAGUCAACCAGCACGCAUGCCUUUACUGGAACUCCCACCUCCUCUUGCAGGAGAAUUACAACAUGUUUAUGGAGGAUGCUGAAGCCCAUGGGAUUGGGGAGCACAACUUCUGCAGAAACCCGGAUGCAGACGAAAAGCCUUGGUGCUUCAUUAAAGUUAGCAGUGACAAGGUGAAAUGGGAGUACUGUAAUGUCACAGCCUGCUCAGCCCAAGACAUUGCCUACCCAGAGGAAAGCCCCACUGAGCCGUUGUCCAAGCUUCCGGGGCUUGACUCCUGCGGAAAGACUGAGAUAACAGAAAGGAAGAUCAAGAGAAUCUAUGGAGGCUUUAAGAGUGCGGCUGGCAAGCACCCGUGGCAGGCAUCCCUGCAGACCUCAGUGCCUCUGACCAUCUCCAUGCCCCAGGGCCACUUCUGCGGGGGGGCACUGAUCCACCCCUGCUGGGUGCUCACCGCUGCCCACUGCACCGACAUAAAAGCCAGACAUCUCAAGGUGGUGCUAGGGGACCAAGACCUGAAGAAAGCAGAAUUUCAUGAGCAGAGAUUUGGGGUGGAGAAGAUAUUCAAGUACAGCCACUACAAUGAAAGAGAUGAGAUUCCCCACAAUGAUAUUGCUUUACUCAAGUUAAAGCCAGUGAAUGGACACUGUGCUCUGGAAUCCAAAUAUGUGAAGACCGUGUGCUUGCCUGACAGGUCCUUUCCCUCUGGGACUGAAUGCCACAUCUCUGGUUGGGGUGUUACAGAAACAGGAGAAGGGUCCCGCCAGCUCCUGGAUGCCAAAGUCAAGCUAAUCUCCAACACUUUGUGCAACUCCCGCCAACUCUAUGAUCACAUAAUUGAUGACAGUAUGAUCUGUGCAGGAAACCUUCAGAAACCUGGGCAAGACACCUGCCAGGGUGACUCUGGAGGCCCCCUGACCUGUGAGAAGGAUGGUACCUACUACGUCUAUGGGAUAGUGAGCUGGGGCCUAGAGUGUGGGAAGAGGCCAGGGGUCUACACCCAAGUUACCAAGUUCCUGAAUUGGAUCAAAGACACCAUCCAAAGUCAAAGUGACUUUUAAGGUACUGUCUUCUGGACCUCAGAGCCCAUUCUCCUUAGCACCCUGACACCAGGAGGCCUCAUGGCCAACAAUGGACACCCCGGACUCUCCAGGGGACCACACAGUGGAGUGUCCUCGGUCUCAGCAGAGACAGCUGCCACCCAUCCUGGGCCUUUCCGGACCGGCAUUUGCAUGAUUUCACAAGGCUCCUUCUGCCUCCCUUGGUAACCCAAGGAAUGAUGGAAUCAAUACGCCACAGUAUGUUUGCUUCCCUCAACCAACUGUACCUUCCAGAAAAUCAGUGUUCACAGAGACCGCCUCCACCACAGACAUCUGCAAAUGCAGACAUCAGAAUGCCCAGCAUCAGCAGGCACCACCGUCACAUCUUUAUUCCCCAGCCCAGACACUUGAGGUGCUCAACAGAACCAGCCAUCCACAUCUAGCUAUCAGAGAGGACCACAAAUACAACAUUCUCCAUUCGCUUUCAGCGUUAGUAUUUUAAUAAAGGCAGAUCUAGGAUGGGCUGGUGGGCCAUUUCUUCCAGCUCGCCCAAAUCAAAGCCAUCUGAAGCAUGUCUCUGGUGAGCAAACUGCCUCUCUGGCCUCUCAAGAAUCGGAGCAGACAUGGCUCACAACAGCAGGGCCUUCUUCCUUUUGACGUGCAGAAUCUCAGUGGCAUCUGGGUUCACCUCCCCACUCUGAUGAUCUCCAGCCUCCAUUGCUUCUGCUCUGGGCUGCUGGAAUCAAACAUACCCCAUGUUAAAAUGACGUUCCCAGCCUGUUCCCAUAGGACACGCUAAGAAGCCCUGGGAGCUAACAUGUCCACCCUCCCCUUCUUUUUCCCCUCCUCUACCCUCCCCAAGAAAGAGGGUCCUCAAGGCAAGAAUGAGAAAGAAGCAAAGCCAAUUUCUCAUUUAGACCUGGCAUCUUUCUUCUGAACAAAGUAGGGUUCAAAAUGCACACUGUCGUAUCCAGCAAGUCCCUGACCCUUUCUGCGAAUGUAACGAGCAAGCAGUCAGCACAGCCUGGGCUGCCCUGGCCCGGGAUUGAUGUAGCCCCGGUAGGUUUGCCUCUGCAGAACUAAUGGCUGUGACUUCAGAGAAAGCCCUGCAGGAAGUUUAACCUGCAUGUCAUCUGCCUGGUCAUCUCAGACCCAUGAAAUUAGGCACCUUGUUUGAGCCGCAUUUCACAUUUCUUUAGAGCUAUCUGACCUUUGGCCAAAAAUAAACUUUGAAAAGAAACAA